AUGGAGAAGAACAAUUUGCUGAUGUGCCAGCCCCUAAACUCCCCCAUCACUCCCUCUCAACCUUCAGUCUUCCCCCCUCCCCUCUCGGCCCAUGCCAGCCACUCGUUCGAGAGUAACUCUCAGGACGACACAGACGAGGAAAUUGGUUUGUCGUCAUCCGACGAUGAGAGUACUCGGACAUGUGCAAGCCCCACCCCCUCGAGCAGCAGCUUCAAUGUAGAAGUCCGGUCAGGAACCAGCACACCGACCUGCUCGGUAUCGAGCAAGGAGUUCGACCCCCCUAAUCCACCGGCUACUAAAAAGAGGAGGGUGAAUCCAGGGCCAACUGAGAGAGCAGCCGACCGCCUAAAUAGGGAAAAGAUGGCUGUGCUAAAUAGCAUUGCAGAGAGCAUCGCGAAGCCUCUUUCCCUACCAGACAUGGAAGAGGAGAGAAUGGAUGAGGAUGAUGUUUUUGGCCAGUAUGUCGCCAGUCGACUCCGAAAGAUAAAAGACCAAAGGACAAAAACUAGGCUGAUUGCAGUUCUAAACAAUGCCAUUUCUGAAGCUGAGCUGUCCAUCUUAGACGCUAUGAUGCCUAACUUCACAAAUCAAUCACCCCAACAGCCAGCUCACUAUCAGGCUGGGGGAUACGUGCACUUUUUAAAUUCAUAA